GCUCCGGGUGAAGCCCGGGCCACAAGUGCCACCGCAGGGGCUGGCACUCGCACGGCCCCAGCGCCGGGCGGAACCUUCCCGGCGCACGCGCGCGGGGCAGCCGGCACCGGCGGCCGCGGACCGGGGCGGGGCGAGAGCGGCGGCCGCGGCCAUGUGGGGCGGCGGGGCGGCCCGAGCCCUCAGCCGAGCCCUCAGCCGCGCCCUGCGGCGCCGGCGGGCGGCGGCCGCGCUGCCGGGGGCUGCGGGCGAUGACCAUGCUGAUCUGUCUUUUCAGACAGGUCUGAGAGGUGCCCUUCAGGACUACGACAGGAAAAGACAACUGAAAUCCAGUAGUACCUUAGCUGUCUGUCUAAUUGAAAUGAAAAGCAAUAUGUUCACUGUGAAGAGACCUUUCAGCACUUCACACUCAUCAGUGGAUUCAAAUGAAAUUAAAAAAUUCCAGCUCCUUGCACAUAAGUGGUGGGAUGAAGAAGGAGAAUAUGCAGCCCUUCAUUCUAUGAAUGAUAUUAGAGUGCCAUUUAUUAGAGAUACUCUGUUGAGCAUGAGUAGUAAUUAUCAUCUGGGAAAUCCACUUUCUGGAAUCAAGAUUCUUGAUGUGGGCUGUGGCGGAGGACUGCUGAGUGAGCCUUUAGGUAGACUGGGAGCUUCAGUUACUGGAAUUGAUCCUGUGGAGGACAACAUUAGAACAGCAGAUCAGCACAAGUCAUUUGAUCCAGUGCUGGCCAAGAGAAUACAGUACAAGUCCAGUUCACUGGAGGAGAUUGUGGAGGAGUCUAUGGAAACCUUUGAUGUAAUUGUAGCUUCUGAAGUAGUGGAGCAUGUGGCUGACCUUGAAAUGUUUAUCAAGUGUUGCUCUCAGGUGUUAAAGCCUGAAGGUUCUUUAUUCAUUACGACAAUCAAUAGAACACAAUUGUCCUAUGUCCUGGGAAUUGUGGUUGCAGAAAAAAUAAUGGGGAUUGUACCAGAAGGAACACAUGAAUGGGAGAAAUUUGUUCCCCCUGAAGAGCUGGAGCACCUCCUGGAAUCAAAUGGCUUUUCAGUCAAGACGGUGAGUGGGAUGUUGUAUAAUCCGCUCUCGGGCUCCUGGAGCUGGACGCAGAGCACGAGCCUGAACUACGCAGUGCACGCAGUGAAGUCUGGGGCUCAGGCACAGUCACACACCACAGACACCCAGCAGCAUGCAGCCACAGCUGGCACAGCUGGCACUGUCCCAGACAGCACUGUCUGACGUGUGGUGAUGGACUGUCACCAGAACAGAAAAUGAGCUUCUGCUCAGAUGGACACAAUAAAACCUUUGCUAACAACAAGCUUCCUGUUUGCAUCAAUAAUACUUGUGCUGUUUUGGCCAAAUAUUCAGGGUCUCAAAAAAAUCAAGUGCUCACUAUCUCAGGAAUCUUUUAUGAUUGAAAUGAGCAAAGCUUUUAAAGAAUAUGUAUUUUCAUGAGAAAGGAGUUUCAAAUUGUUGGAUGGGGAAAUGCAAAUUAUUGUUGGUAGCUUGGAGGAAGCUUUAUUAUGUGGUGGCGUUUUCAGUCCUGCUGGGACUCAGAUCUCCAUAGAAUAAUGGCAUAGAUGUAGAGUGAGUUAAAAACCGCGAUGCUGUACAGUAAAUAAAAUGCCUUAAGUAUUUAAAAUACUCAACUCUGUAAAAAUAUAUGAAACACUUAAGAUCUACAAACACUUUUUUCUGUAAUACACCUUUCUCCUGAGUAGGGGAAACAAAAUAGCAAACCUUUACUAUUGAGUCCUGCUGUUUCCGCAGUUGACAUGAAGUAACUGAAGUGGAAGAAGUGUCUCUGAGACCAGAGUGCCUCACCUAUCAAAGCCCCUUCACCAUAAAGAUAUUUGUAUCUGUGCCUAUUAUUCAACUUUCUCCCUCUGCCCAAAUAAAGAGAGGCUGCAGGUAAAAUUUUACUAAGCAACCAGAGCUCCAUGCUAGAAGAAUGACAUAUUAGCAGUUUGUCCAAUAACUGCAGUGCCAUACCUAUUUAUUCUUAAUGUUCUAGCACCCUGGUAAGGAAAAGUCAUUUACAAUGAAACAGAACUUUCUAAAUAAAAUGUCAUGUGUGUGUCUA